CGUUCAUAGGCAUCUCUUCAAUUUGAGUGCUGUAAUACUGCUCUAUGUCCCUUAGAAUCCUAAUGUCAUCGCUCUGCACAAAGUUAAUAGCCACACCCUGCAACCAUGUUAUCAAACAUUAGAUUUUGGCUAUCUGCAGAAACAGAACAGACGAGAUACUUGCCACGAGCUUUGGUCGAGGGUUUCUCUUGCCGUCCUUUAAACUCAUCUAUUUACAGAUAUCAAUACCUUGAUAUACGCCAGUGGCCAAUGCUCUCCAACCUUUUGUUGCAGCAUAGUGUGGUUAAGCUCAUCCGACAGUAUCUAGAGGAUGUGCAUGAUUUUGUGGAGAUUGAGACUACAAUCCUAUCUAGAUCUACACCUGAAGGUGCUCGAGAUUACCUUGUACCUUCACGAGUUCAAGCAAUUGUUGGGAGUGUACGCGAUUGCUGGUUGCACACAUAUGGUGUUUAUAGCUCUGGUUGAACCGAAAAACAUUUUUUUAACAAUACUGCUAGUUGUGGUAGCUAAUUUUAUUUUAUUUUAUUUAUUUAAAAUUUUUAAUUUUAUCAAUUUGUAUUUUCAUUUCAAACUGUUGACUAUUUUUCAUCUCAA